AUGGAACCAGAAUUGGCCGUCAACGGGACUGCAGCUGUUGACAACAUACUGUGCUACGUACCAGAUAAUGGAAGAUACAUAUUUACAAGCAAUCCUUCAGUUAUAUGUGUAUUACUUUACGCAUUCCUUGGUCUGUUGUGUGUUGUCACCAUAUGUGGAAACUUCCUAGUCAUCGUUUCAAUCAUUUACUUCAAACAGCUGCACACUCCGACAAACUACCUCAUCCUCUCUCUGGCUGUGGCCGACCUGCUUGUCGGAGUUCUGGUCUUUCCUUUCAGCAUGGCGUUCACCGUAACCUCAUGUUGGUUUCACGAAGGUUUGUUCUGCAAAGUACGAGGCUGCUUCGAUGUGACCCUGAGCACCGCCUCGAUUUUGAACCUGUGUUGUAUUUCCAUAGACAGGUACCACGCAGUGUGCCAGCCUCUCACGUAUAAAAGUAAAAUAACGAAUCGGGUUAUCGCGGGCAUGAUCCUGGUCAGCUGGGGACUUGCCGCUCUGAUCGGAAUCGGCAUCAUAGUUGCAGGCUUUAAUCAGGGGAAGUGUGAAGACAGUUGUUUAAUUGAUGCUCUAAUAUCGACCACUCUGGCGUGUAUUUUCUCCUUUUACAUCCCUGUCAUUAUAAUGCUCUGUAUCUACCUGAAGAUUUUCCUUGUUGCACAGAAACAAGCGCACAGCAUCCGGAACGCGGCUUGUCAGAGCACAAAGUCUGGAGCAACAGUCAGUAAGAUGGAGAGGAAGGCCACAAAGACUCUGGCUACUGUUAUGGGGGUGUUUCUUCUGUGUUGGACUCCUUACUUUCUCUGCAUCAUCUUUCAGCCUUUAACGUUUGAUGCAACACCGAUUGCUGUGAUUGAGACUCUCAACUGGCUCACGCUGUCCAACUCAAUGCUAAAUCCAUUCAUCUAUGCUUUCUUUUACGCCUGGUUCAGGUCAGCUUUCAGAAUGAUCAUUUCAGGGAAAAUAUUCCAAGGGGAUUUUGCCAACUCCAAACUUUUUUAA